GAGCUCAGAGGAGGAGGAGCGCAGACCGGAAUCAACUUCUACUUCCUACUUUAUGAAAAACACCAUCACUGCGUUUGUCACGCACCUUUCUGCGCCUUUUACGCACUUUUCUAAGCCAGAUUCUGGGGAGUCCGACUUGGUUCCGACUUGCCGUCAUUUCUUUUCGGAUCCCAUGGAUAAUUAAAACUGAUCAUCUGGCUUCAGUCAGUCUAAUUCUUAUUCGGGGUCGUUAAUCACCGGGACACUUUGGAGGAGUUCCCGGACCACCCAGACAGAACCGGACCCGGUCCACCGCUUCAUGCUUACUGCGGCUGUGGAGCCCUGAUCGGCGGUUAAUCAGCAGAGCGCCGGUGUUUGGGCAUAACACCGGACUCCUGCUCCUGGGAGGAAGGCAGGAGGAGUCCCGACGGUCCGAUCCGGUCCUGGUUCUGGUUCAAACAAUUAUCCGGGUCCUGAUUAGAGCCGAAAGGUUCAUCUUGACCAGACCGAACCGCCUAGAUACUCAUCUACCUGCAGCUGAUGGCGUCCUUCGUCCUCCUCUUCCUCCUGGCUGUGACGGGCGGCGCUGUGUGUCAAUCCAGCGAUUCGACAGAACCCAUGUGUUACGACUGGGGCGAAUCCAGUGAGGGGGCGGUGUCGGUUCUGGACGGCGAGGCCGGUUCCAUCUCCUGUCCUCUCUUCUCUCAUCCCUCCGUCUACAACUACACAUCGGCCCAGAGCGCCGGACACAACCUGUUCUGGUACCGCCUGCUGGAAGGCCAUGACCUGGAGCAGCCCAUCCCCUACAGCAGCCUGCGCCUCAGCAGAGACAGGGAGAGACUGUGGCUGCAGCCGGCCGUGGCCAACGACACGGGGCAGUACAUCUGCAUGCUGCGCAACAAGUCCUCUUGCAGUAAGAUCGCCAUGCGCCUCAAGGUGCUGCGGCGGGACGAGGUGAUCCGAUCCACCUACUGUGACCUUCCGGUCGCCACGGCACCGACUCAGGAGUUGAUCCCAAUGCAGGAAGGGAAAACGCUGGAUUGUCCGGACCUGCAGGACAUCGCCAAGGUGUCUGAAAGCGAGCCGACUGUCAAAUGGUACUACGAGAAUUCGAAGUGCUAUGAGUACCCGUUUUGGGAUAAGGACCGGGAACAGCAAAGAACCCGCCUGCGGUUCUACACCAUGCUCACCACAUAUCAGGGUCUGUACUUCUGUACGGUGCAGUACCAGCGGAGAGGCAGGAUGCUCAACUUCACCAGGAGCAUCAACGUCUCAGCCAUCUAUCCUUUAAGAGUGCGCAAAGAGCCCACCAUCCUCCAUCCGACCAAAGACAAGGUCUUCUCUGUCAGAACCAACACGGACGUGCGUCUGGCCUGCAAAGGCCUCCUUCCUCUUGUCCUGCACAACACUUCCCGGGAGAUUUGGUGGACGGUUGACGGGAAGAGAGUGACUGCAGCCAAUGAUCGCUUCUCCCAAAUAAACAGCCUGGAGAAAAACGAUUAUGGUGACCUGACAGAGGAAAGCGUUUUGGUGAUUGAAGACUUUCAGCCAGAAGAUCUGAAGCGGGAGUUCAACUGCUCUGUGAGAAACGCAAAGGGCUUCGAGACCCGCAGAGCUCAACUGCAGGAAGAGGUGUCGCUGCCCACCGUGGAGCUGGGUUGUGGUCUGGGCAUCACGCUGCUCCUCAUGCUGCUUCUCUUCAUGAUUUAUCACGUCUUCUGGCUGGAGCUGCUGCUUCUGUACCGCUCCUGGUUCGGCACCGACGAGCGGCACACAGAUGAUAAGGAGUUUGACGUCUACAUCUCGUACGCGAGGAACAGCGAAGAGGAGCAGUUUGUUCUGUCAACGCUGCGCAAUGUUCUGGAGAACGUGCUCGGAUACUCGGUGUGCAUCUUUGACAGAGACAGUCUCCCCGGAGGCACCAUUACAGAUGAGACACUGAGCUUCGUGGCUCGCAGCCGGCGCCUCCUGGUGGUCGUUAGCCCUGGCUACGCCUCCCGGGGCUCCCAGGCCCUGCUAGAGCUAAAGGCUGGGAUCGACAGCAUGGCGCUGGACGGGCACCUGAGGGUGAUCCUGAUCCAGUACAAGCCAGUCCAGAGACAGAGCUUGGUCAGGGAGCUCAGGAGGGCCCGGGUUGCUCUGGCGCUGGUCCGCUGGCAAGGGGAUAAGUCCAAAGAACUGACAUCUCGCUUUUGGAAGAGGCUGAGAGUGGAGCUUCCUGUGAGGAAAGUUAAUGGGGACGGUAAAGGGAGCAGUAGAGAGGGGGCGCUGCUGAGGCUCAUCAGUCAGAACAGCACAAACUCCCAAACGGGCCUCAUCAGUAAUGAAAAAAAACCCCAGCAGAAAGUCUUUAGCUCUGCAGCGUAGCGCAGGCGACGCUUCUGUUUUUGUUCCUUCAAAACUUAACUGUUGUACAUAGAAACAAUAUUGAGCUGAAACCAAUAUAGUCCUCAGUGGUUUUGGGAAGGUACAAUCUAAGUCAAGAAUAAAUUAAAAUGUUCAUAUAAUACAGCCGUUCCCCAAGUAGAGGAACUCAUAAAAGAAAAGUUUGGGAACCACUGCUGUAGUACAUUUUAUCAGCCGGUCAAGUAAGAACAGAAACACUUCUGGCCUAUUUAAAGCUUAUCCCAAGUUAAACCAAAGUCUCUAUCAGUUGGAAAUGUUGGGAUGUCAGAAGAGGAGAUGUUUACUGCAGAGGCCAUCUUAAAGUUCAGGAUAGUCACUUUUACUCUGAUGGUGUUUGGGAGCUUGUUCCUUCAUGGCAACAUCUGUAGAAUACUUUGUGCUGAGGUACUGAAAGGACAAAGGUACAAGAAGAUGUUCCUGAGAAGAGCACAGAGGUGGAAAAGGAGCAUAUGUCUCUUCUUAGCGUAAACACCUGCUGCAGACCCAUAACUUUGUCUUAGGUACUGUUAGAGAUUACUGUAGAUUCAGCCAGCUAUGGCAGCCAGAGGGGGAGUUCGGGCUGGAUGGUCUACUAUAUAAUCAAGGUUUUUAAGGAGUUUCAUUGUUUUCAUGACCUGCUUAGGGAUAAUUGUUGCUCAUAUCAAUUGCUGGGAUUGCAAAUCAGGCUGGCAAAACCUGAUUUCAAUGAUGGAAAGAGAAGAAUGGAGUAUUUAUCGUCCCUAAGUCUCUAUUCAUAGCAAAAAACGGUUAAUCAGAACAUUUCAGGGUUUUUCUGUUCAUGUGGUAUUUGACAGUAUUUGUCAGUAAGUAUGAAUGUUAUUUAAAUAGACUGGAUAUUGAUUAAUAGUUAGCAUCAUGAAUAAUGGGUAGAGCUGCAUAUCAUCAGCAUAAAGCAAUAUCUGGAGUAAAAUAAGCAAAUAAGACCCAAAGAUCAGGAGAUUAUUAAGAAUAAAUCGGUAAUACCAAGAUUCUACCUCAUGGUGGCGCUGAAGGAGUGUCCACCAAUCUGUUUAACAAAAAAUUUCUUUCUCACCCAAAUAUGUUUUGUUUACUCGUUAGCUUAAAUGUUCUACCUUUCUACAGUUCUUUAGGUUUUUACAGUUACCUAAAUGUUUUACAUUUUGGCGCAGGACUUUUAGUUUGUUUGUGUUUCUAAGUUGGAAAAUUAAAAAUAUAUAAGCUUCAUCUGCUUUUGUUUUAACGUAAAUCAGCCCUUUGUUCAGUUUGAAUAUUUCACUGUUGAUCCUUUUUGAAUUCUCUCGGCAGCUGGAUUUUGAAGCGGAGCCGGAUUGAAGUUGAUCCUGGUCUGUUGGCUCUGAGAACAGUCUACAGGAUUUCUGGGGUUCAGAUGUGUUUUCUCAACCACUGAUCCAAAUUGUAAAUGUUAAUAUUUCACACAGUGAAAUGCAGAGAUU